GUUCGCUCCUCCUCCUCCUCCAGCUAUCGCCAUGUUCUUGGGACUCCUCUCGCUCUUGUUCAGUUCGAAAGGGGAGGGGGGUAGGGAGAUACUUCCACUCUACAUACCACGUACAAACCAAAACCAUUAAAACACCGACCUCCACAAAACAAAACAACUACAAAAAUUAUAUAUACAGUAUAUAUAAUAAUAAUCCAUCGCCAUCCGACAGCACGGCCUGUUUUUACGUGGAAUGAGCAUUCCAUGUGUUGUCCUAGGCAUGAAUGAAGUGGCCUGGCAGGAAACCCGCGGAGCAAUGAUGCACGCAAAUGGUGCUCAGGAUGUCGGUGUAAGCGGACUUGGGGUCCCUAUAGUGGGGACUGCUGUUGGUGCUGGGGGAGGACCAGGUCUGGUGGGCCCCCCUCCACAAGCACUUGGUGGUAGCUCCAAUCCACACGCCCUCCAAACUGCAGUAACAGGUGCACCUGGUGCUCAGCCACCUCUCAGUGGACGCUCACAGGACGAUGCUACAGUUGGCUACUUUUUUCAACGGCAAGCAGGGGAGCAGCUUGGAAGCUAUUCCAGCAAGCACCGUUGGCCCACGGGAGAUAGCAUCCACGUAGACCAGGUUCGACCUGUGGAUGAAAUGAAUCAUGACUUUCAAGCUCUUGCACUGGAAUCUAGAGGAAUGGGAGAGCUCUUGCCUGCUAAAAAGUUCUGGGAAUCUGAUGAGUCUGCUAAAGAGGGACAAAAAGGGAUGUUCUUGGGAGAUGAAUGGCGAGAGAAUGCAUGGGGAGCAUCACAUCAUUCAGUAUCACAGCCCAUCAUGGUACAGAGGCGGCCUGGUCAGGGAUUCCAUGUCAGCAGUGAAGUGAACUCUGUCCUUUCUCCUCGGUCUGAAAGUGGGGGCCUCGGAAUCAGCAUGGUGGAAUAUGUCCUUAGCUCCUCGCCAGGGGACAAACUGGAUCCUCGCUACAGGAAAGGGCCGUUUGGAGCUGGAGAUGCCGAGACAGAUGGCAGUGAGAAGGGUGACCAAAAAGGCAAUUCAUCACCUUAUGAGGAAAAAAGCAGAGAGAUGAAACAAGGAGAUGAAGAUGUUCCUAAAGCAAAUGGACGGGGACUGCCAAAUGGAAUGGAUACUGAAUUUAACCGGACUCCUGGCAGCCGCCAGGCAUCUCCCACGGAAGUGGCAGAUCGCCUGGGUCCCAACCAAAACAGUUCUGAAGUGAUCGGCCACCAUCCCAUCCCUGCAUCCAAUAAGCCACCAUUGGAGGAGUUCCAGAACCCAGAGACACAAAACAUGGACUCCAUGGAACAAGUCGGAAUUGAGUCUUUACAGUUCGAUUACACGGGUAGCCAAGUGCAAAUUGACUCCUCUGGAGCUCCUGUAGGACUUUUUGACUACAAUUCUCAGCAACAGCUUUUCCAACGGCCCAAUGCACUGACUGUUCAGCAGUUGACUGCAGCACAACAGCAGCAGUAUGCACUGGCUGCAGCUCAGCAGCAACAUCUAGCUGGUGUAUUUUCAGCAGGCCUUGCUCCAGCUGCCUUUAUGCCAAACCCAUAUAUAAUCAGCGCGGCUCCUCCGGGCACUGACCCCUACACCGCAGCAGGACUUGCAGCAGCCGCCACUCUUGCAGGUCCUACUGUUGUCCCGCCUCAGUAUUAUGGUGUUCCAUGGGGGGUGUAUCCUGCCAAUUUGUUCCAGCAGCAAGCAGCAGCAGCAGCAGCCGCAGCAGCUGCUAAUAACUCAGCUAACCAGCAGACCACUAACCAGGGGCAGGGACAACAACAGAUUAUGCGUACAGGAAACAAUCAGCGACCUCUGACUCCAAACCAAGGUCAGCAGAACCAACAGGCAGAAUCGUUGGCAGCAGCAGCAGCAAAUCCAGCGCUAGCCUUCAGCCAAGGACUUGCCACAGGGAUACCAGACCAAGCCUUGAUGCCACAGAUGUUGCAACAAAAUGUAUAUGGCUAUCAAAUAGCAGGUUGGAAUCUAAGAAAACAACAAGGUUAUCAGGUGUUGGCCCCAGCUGCCUAUUACGAUCAGACAGGUGCCUUGGUGGUUGGCCCUGGAGCACGGCCUGGAUUAAGUGGACCUGUUAGGCUGAUGGCUUCCACACCUGUAUUAAUCAGCCCAGCAGCUGCUCAAGCGGCUGCUGCAGCAUCAGCAUCUGGAACCACAAAUAAUCUUGGUGGAGCUGCCAAUGGUCUCUUCCGCCCCAUCAACUCUCAGCAGCAGCAGCAGCAGCAGCAGCAGCAGCAGCAGCAGCAGCACCAUCAACAACAACAACAACAACAACAACAACAACACCAGCAACAGCAACAGCCCAACAGUAACAUGCAGUCCAACUCAUUCUAUGGCAACAAUUCUCUAACCAACAUCUCCCAGAGCAGUUCCCUCUUCUCCCAUGGUCCCGGCCAGCCUGGAAACACCUCGCUUGGCUUUGGAAGUAGCAAUUCCCUUGGAGCAGCUAUUGGCUCAGCAUUGGGUGGCUUUGGAUCAUCAGUUGGCAGUUCUGCCAAUAGCAGUGCCUCCAGGAGAGAUUCCUUGUCUGCCAGUUCUGAUUUGUACAAGAGAUCCAACAGCGGCCUAGCUCCGAUAGGGCAGCCGUUUUACAACAGCUUGGGAUUCUCGUCCUCUCCAAGUCCGAUCGGCAUGCCUCUACCCACUCAGACUCCAGCACACUCCUUGACACCACCACCAUCUCUCUCAUCUCACGGGUCUUCAUCUAGCUUGCAUCUGGGGGGACUGACAAAUGGCAGUGGCCGAUACAUCUCUGCAGCACCCGGGGCAGAAGCGAAGUACCGCAGUGCCACCAGUACAUCCAGUCUAUUCAGCUCCAGCAGCCAGCUCUUCCCUCCAUCACGACUUCGCUACAGCAGAUCUGACAUCAUGCCUUCUGGUCGUAGCAGGCUGUUGGAAGAUUUCAGAAACAAUCGCUUCCCGAACCUUCAGCUAAGAGAUCUAAUCGGCCAUAUAGUGGAGUUCUCUCAAGACCAGCAUGGUUCAAGGUUUAUCCAGCAGAAGUUGGAGCGAGCCACCCCUGCAGAACGUCAGAUGGUCUUUAGUGAAAUCCUUCAAGCCGCAUACCAGUUGAUGACUGAUGUAUUUGGAAACUAUGUAAUACAGAAGUUCUUUGAGUUCGGAAGCAUGGAUCAAAAACUAGCCCUGGCUACUAGAAUCAGAGGCCAUGUCCUCCCAUUGGCCCUACAGAUGUAUGGCUGCCGCGUCAUUCAGAAAGCUCUGGAAUCCAUUUCAUCAGACCAUCAGGUAAUUAGUGAUAUGGUCAGGGAGCUGGAUGGACAUGUCCUAAAGUGUGUAAAAGACCAGAAUGGAAACCACGUGGUACAGAAGUGUAUUGAAUGUGUGCAGCCUCAGGCUCUACAGUUCAUCAUUGAUGCUUUUAAGGGCCAGGUGUUUGUGCUUUCGACUCACCCUUAUGGUUGUCGAGUGAUUCAGCGCAUCCUGGAACACUGUACCCCAGAGCAGACCAUGCCUAUCCUGGAGGAGCUCCAUCAUCACACAGAGCAACUUGUGCAGGAUCAAUAUGGCAAUUAUGUCAUUCAGCAUGUUCUUGAGCAUGGGCGCCCUGAAGAUAAAAGUAAAAUAGUUGCUGAGAUCAGAGGGAAAGUUUUGGCCUUGAGCCAACACAAAUUUGCCAGCAAUGUGGUGGAGAAGUGUGUGACCCACUCGUCCCGCUCGGAGAGGGCUCUGCUGAUCGACGAGGUUUGCUGUCAGAACGAUGGCCCCCACAGUGCCUUGUACACCAUGAUGAAGGACCAAUAUGCCAACUAUGUAGUGCAGAAGAUGAUUGACAUGGCAGAGCCGGCCCAGCGCAAGAUAAUCAUGCACAAGGUAGGGAUUAAUUAUAUACGUCCUCACAUUGCAACGUUGCGCAAGUACACAUAUGGAAAACACAUCUUGGCCAAACUGGAGAAGUAUUACAUGAAAAACAGCACUGACUUGGGGCCAAUUGGAGGACCAACUAAUGGACUGAUGUAGAAUAUGCAGAAGAAAUUGAUACAGCCCCUUCAGCUGUUUGAUGCUUUCAAGAAAUUAAGUUGAAUUACCAAAAAGCCAACUUAACCUAAGAAUGCUUUGAUUACUUCCUUCCUGUUGUAAGCUUGUCAUUUUCCGGUAUAUAUAGCUACACUUCCAGCGAUUUAUCAGAUUGCUAUGCUGGGUAAAGCACAGAAUGCGUGUAUAUGAUGUAAUUGUAUCAAACUAGUUGUCACAUAUUUUGUAAAUUUUUACCUUGUAAAUUAACUGUAAAAAUGUGGGUAGUUUUUAAGAAAAAAUAAAUGUUGUGUUCGUACAGUACACCAGCACGUGACUUGAUAAGUCUGCCGGCAUUACAGCACAACAAAAAAGUUCUUCAUUUAUGUGCAUCUCUAUUGUAAAUAACUUUAGAGAUUACUAGCGGGUAAAAUGGAAAUUGUGCAUACAGAAGAAAAGGUUAAGUUGUAUUUUGGUAGUUCACAUUUUGUAACUUUUUACAAAAAAAAAAAAAUAAAGAAACUUUGCAAGUUUUUUAAAAUGUAACUUCCAUCGCUUCAUAUGAAAUUUCAAUCUUCAGUGUUUUGAGAUGACCACUGCCCUGCAUUUCUUCCUCAAACAAAUCCUUUUGAUGUAUAGAAGCAUUGUAUAUAUUUAACCGUUGCACAAGGUGGAUGUGGAGUGGGGGGAGGAAUCAUGAUGGUACUUCCAUACAUAAAGUAACAGUCUAAAAAAUAUGGAGGGUAUUUUUAAAGCAACUUUCCAGUAUGUUUAGCAGUGAAAAAGAGCUGACAAUUUCUCUUUCUUUAUUGGUUUGUAAGAAAGUUUGUGAUGGUGUUGGUGGUUUAUUUUUUGGCUUUAAAACAUGAGCUGUGGUCUUGGGCAGAGCUGAUAAUUAACAGGGGGCCUUCAAAGGGUAAACUUUGACUCCUUAUAAAGCAUGCAUGAAUACUCUAAUAGCUUGUUUUUUGCUUCAUAUAAAUAUGUAGUGUAUAAGUCUAAUUAACUAUAUAGGUGUUAGUUUACAGUUUGAAUUUUAUAAUAAUAAAAAAUCUUUUUUUCAAUGUUAAUCACAAGACUUGCUAACUCAGUAGUGACACUUUGGUUGUACAGUUGUAUAUUUGUAAACCUUGAUGCUGUAAAUGUAAUGUCUUUUACCCUUUUGCAAAAAAAAAAAAAAAAAAAAAGCAAAACUUUGCAUUUUUGUGUAUUCACAACCUUACACCUUGACCUGGCAUAUAGUGUUGUAUAAUGUACAUUUAUUACUUUGGAUCAAGAUUGAUUUCUUUUUUUAAUUCUAUCUUUAUAUGACUUUAAAAAUACAAAACAACAUUCUUUUAUCUAUUGUUAGAAAAAGUAGUUUUUGUUUAUACCUGUAGCUGUUGAAAUAUACUGUCAAUAUGGUCAUUUUGACAAAGUAUAAACUUCUUUUAGUACAUUGCGCUUAGAAUUGAAAGGACUAGACAGGCAUUUAGUUACCACAGAAACCAGUAUUCUCCAUCUUGUGCGACAGGAUUUUAUCUUUGUACAGAAUAGAACUGUAUUUUGGAAAUAUCUGCAGACUUGCAAGUGAAAGUAUGUAUGAUAGUCGGUUAUAUUCAUAUGAACAUACGAGGUUGUAACACUAACAAAGAUGAUGUACAUUUAUAGGCGGCCUUAUGUACAUUUACAGACAGCAUUGUUUUGUUGUUUUUGCAGGCAGAAUUGUGACCAGAUAUGUAUAAUUAAACAACCCUUGUAAUCUA